AUGAUGGCCUUGGAGUUCAAGUUGGACCUAGUUCAACAUUACUCGAUGUUUGCAGGGGAGAAUCACCUGCCAUGGCUCUAUGGGACUGCAGGAAAGUUGGCUGAACAUCCUUCACUCAUGGCAUCACCUGGCCCAGGAACGAUCAAGUAUCUUGAAGUGACAGACUCAGAUCUUUCUCUCCUUCGCGUUGCGCUAGAACAGGUUUCUGAUCAGAAUAACCAUGACCAGGCCAGCAUCCAGCCCUUACUUGAUAGGAUAUCUUACAGCUUAAGUUCUUCACCUUCAAGUCAUCCUGACAUGGCUCAUAUAACUAUUAGGGUUACCACUUCCUGUAACCACCUGAAUGUCAAUGAAGAUAACAUGGAAAUGCCUAGCCAUCAUGCUGUUGACACAGCCAUGUCCCUACUGCAUACGCACCCCAAUUAUAUGACCUAUAUUGCCAGCAAAGAGGCGGACAUAUUUCCUAUAUCUGCCAGUGAGUCUUCACAGCUACAUAUGCAGGGCAAAGUUGACCAAGCUUCAGCAGUCAAAGUCAACAUCCCUACGGUCGCAAACAUAUUGGGAACUGCAAUGAUGCCGACACCCCCUCUGGAGAUGUUGCUACCCACACUGGGCAAGUCUCACAUGCUCCGAUCCCUGUUGUCCAGUCCUGACCCCACAUGCCCUCGCAAUGGACAGCACUUGGCUCCAAGUGCUACAUGCUUCGUCAUAAUGGUUGCUCAUAUGCAACUAGCAAUUGUGUGUCAAAGUAUUAUUAGGGAUUCCAAUGAUACUACUUCUGGCGAAAAGACAACCAUUAUCAAGGUGUAUCAAAAAUAUGUCGCCAAGCUCAGGAAUCCACCAGUGGAACACUCUUUCUACCGAUGGUAUUCAACAGAGCUGCGCAAGACAAUAGCUGAAGUUGGGGGUCAUAUUUUUGCUGAAGUUGGUCAGAUGCUGAGGCAGCCUGAGACCAGCUCACUUAUUCUCUUCCUGCCAGGAAUGUGGCAGCUUGGAGCAGCUGCUCUUCACUGGUCACGUGGCCCCACAUCAUUAUGUGCUGAGAAGACUGAUAGGAGGGAAAAUGCUGCUUGGACGGAGGGUGAGAGGACAAAAGCAGAGGCAGGUUACGUUGUCAAGGAUGUUGAGGACCUAUGCAAGAUGAUGGCUGUCGAAAAAUGGAAGACAAUACCUAUCUACAAAUUUCAAUGGAUGUUCUUCAAGGGCGAAGGAGAGCUCGAGUUGCACAAUUCUGAUGAUAGUCUCAUGCUCUUUGCCUGUUCAUCUCUACCUGACCAAAUUCGUCAGAACCUCUGCAGCUCCUUACUUGCUUGCUUUGACGGAAAUGAUGUUUUGGUUGAUCAAAAACUAGACGAGGACUUUCACAACCAAGACGUAUCACAACCACAGACAAAUCCUUCAACUACUACCUUCAGUUUAGAGCCGGUGGUAGAAAGUAUUCUUCAACGCCCUUUUCAGUGUCUUCACUUUUCCCUUUGGAAUCGAUAUAUAACUAAUGGAGACAAUGCUCCAACUCAUAUUCAUCCCCAUGAUAUGGCUAGAUUAGAUGUCAGUCGCACUAACUACUCGCAGCAUUUGCCCUACCCAUCAAGGGAUGUCCUUCAGCAUCAGCAACUCUAUAGGAAUAUUCAAAGUUCAUUUGAAGAACUCUUCCAGUGGAUAGAGCAGGUUAUAAAGAAGUAA